ACUUCCGGUUUCCCUUCCUUGUGUGCUAAGAUGGCGGACCGGCGACGACGAAGGAGGCGCGCGUCUCAGGACAGCGAAGAUGAGGACGAAUCUGCGUCCGGGUCGGAGAGAGGGAGAUCAGCUUCCCCUAGCGGGAAGACUCGCCCUAGAAUCCCCGAGCCGGGGGAAUCUCCAGUCGGACGCGUUGUCAAGAAAAACGACGUCGAAUCUGAGUGUGAAAGUGAAGAUGGUGUCGGUGAAGCUGUCCUUUCUGACUAUGACAGUGCGGAUCCGGAGGAGAACGGCUCGCACUCGGAGGGAGGAGAGGAAGAGGAGGAGGAGGUUGAGCACUGCAGUGAUGAAGAUGCUGCACGCCAAGCCACAGAGCAGAAAGCAGCAGCAGCAGCAGCCACCACUGAUGCUCCCACUGAAGUUGUGGGAGAGGUGGGUGAAGAAGAAGGAGAAGUGGAGGAGGAAGAGGAGGAGGAAGAGGAGGAGAAAGAAAUAAAAGAAGUGAAGAGUGAUGAGAAGGGCAACUUGGCAGGAGAGAGGCAGAGUGGAGAUGGUCAGGAGAGCACAGAGGAUCCUGAGAACAAGUUAGCUGGUAAAGCUGGACAGAAGUUGGAUGAUGACGAGGACAGAAAGAAUCCAGCAUACAUCCCCCGAAAGGGACUGUUUUUUGAGCAUGAUGUGAGAGGCCAGGCUCAAGAUGAAGAGAGGCCUAAGGGCAGACAUCGGAAGCUGUGGAAAGAUGAGGGUCGUUGGGAACAUGAUAAGUUCCGGGAGGAGGAGCAGGCCCCUAAAUCACGUGAGGAGCUGAUUGCUAUUUACGGUUACGACAUUCGCAAUGGUAACGGCUGCAGUGAUACUAGACCGUUCAAGCUGCGGAAGCCCAGGCAUCUUGGUCCAAUAAACCAAGAGUUCAAGCGUUACAGGGAUGGUGAGAAGCCCCCCCGCUCAUCAUGGCAUGGUGCAGCUCCUGGUGCCCGUGGUGCCCCGCCUAUGACAAUAACUCCCCAGUCAGGUGUUCCUGCUCCUCCUCGUCUCCAGAAUAGGCCCUCCACCCAGCCCCCUGCACGCACCUUCCAGAGCAGCCGUCGACCUGACAUCAGAAGUCAUACUAAAGCCACCACACGACUCCAGGCUUCUGAGAGUGAGAAGGCUCCCAGGCUCAGGGGCAGAGCUUGUCAUGGACCCCCUCACCACACCCAGCGCAGCGCACGAGAGGAUGAAGAAGAGGAAGGCGAGAUUCCAACUGUAGCCACCACUUAUACUGCCCAUUAUUACAAAUCUGAGCAGGAGACAACCUCUUCAUCACAGCAAAAGGAGGAAAGUGGAACAAUGGAGGAACAGUCAAGCACACCUGGCACAGUAAGGGAGGUGUCCCCGCCUCCUGAGAAGCCAGUGGAGAAAAAAUCCUACUCUCUGGCACGCAGGAGCCGAGCCAGGCCCUCGGACCUUAGCAAACAGGCCUCUCUGGAAGAGGCAGUGCUCACCCCACAGGUUAUCCCCACUGCUGCCAAGAGUGAAUCAUGGCAGGGUCAGGGAGAGUCAGGCACACAGAGUGGCCUAUCAAGGCUGGAUCAGGACCUGGCUCGCCUCAAUCUGGCUGGUCAAAGCUGGACCCAGAGUCCGCCCUCAUACCUCCAGCCUGAGAUGAGAGGCAUCCCUAGUUCUAUACAUAUAGGAGGUGGACCUCCCCAGUAUGGCAAUAUGGAGGACAUGGGUGUUGGUGGUGGCCGGGCUAAGCGGUAUUCUUCUCAGAGGCAGAGACCAGUGCCUGAACCAGCGCCAAUGCACAUAGGGCUCAUGGAGGGCCACUAUUACGAACCCAUGUCAUUUCAGGGACCAAUCUACGCACAUGGUGACAGUCCUGCUACCAUGCCACCACAGGGGCUUCUGGUACAACCAGAGAUGCACCUGCCCCACCCUACACACCCAAGUUUGCAUCCGCACCAGUCAGGAGGACCGAUUCCAAAUGCUGCGCUUUACGCUGCUCCUCCACCCGUUUCUCUGUCUCCUGGACAGCCACCCCCGCAGCAACUGCUUGCCCCACCCUUCUUCCCUCCACCUGGAGUCAUGACCUUUAGCAACACCAACUACCCUUACCCUGCUGGAGCUACACUACCCCCCAUAUACCCUAAUGCACAGGCACAGUCACAGGUGUAUGGUGGAGUGACGUAUUUUGACACAGUACAGCAGCAAGCUCAACCCAAACCUUCUCCACCACGCCGCACCUCACAGCCAGUCACAGUCAAACCUCCACCACCAGAGGACCAGAGCAGGAAGCCCAGUGAGGAAGUGCGCUCCUAACUGCUGCUGAAAGAAGUAACCAGGACCAGCACCACUUGUGGAUGAAUUUAAUCUUCGAUGCGUUACAUUACCGUGUUUUUUUUUUUUUUUUUUUUUUUUUUUUUUUAAAAAAAAAAGAAAAAAACGUGUAGAGUUUUGAUUUUAUUCAUUUCAAGCAUGUCUGCAUUCACCUUCAUUCAAGGCUCUUUGUAAGUCAUGUCUCGAUCAUAUUUUUCAUCACCUGAUCUGUUUGCUGUGUGCUUCUUCACUUUCGAGGCAUGAGUUAGUUGCUGAAGGAAAUGUACUGUAAAAUAUAUACGACAAGCCGACACAGAAAGGGGUUUCGCUGCUAUUACUCACGAUCAUAAUCAUCAUAAAUAAAUGUUUUUUAUUCAUAA